UGUCAAUUAUUUUGUGCAAGAAGGUAGCCAUUCUUUCACCUAUUCAGGUACUAUGGGGAAAGAGCAAGACCUUCUACAAGCUGCAAAAACUGGAAAUGUCGCACACAUCGAGAAGAUUCUCGGUAAUAAGACAAGGAAGUCUGGAAUUCAAAGUUUGAUGAGCAGGACCGUCAACCCUAAUCAUCAAGACGAACUUGGAUACACUCCGCUUCAUUAUGCAGCAUUAAAUGGUCACAGGUCAUCAGCUGAGCUUCUUUUAAAAUAUGAUGCUUCAACAAACAUUCCAGAUACUUCUGGAAACUACCCCCUUCAUUUGGCAGCAUGGAAUGGCCAUGCUGAUGUGGCUAAAGUGCUCAUAAACACAGGACCAUCAAGAGCUAAUGUCAAUGAACAGAAUGAUACAGAGGACACAGCUUUACAUUCUGCCUCUCAGUUUGGGCAAAGUCUUGUUGUAGCUGUUUUACUUGAGAAUCAUGCAGAUCCUCGUAUUCGAAACAGUCGUCAGGAAUCGCCACUUGAUUUAGCAGCACAGUAUGGUCGAAUGGAAGCUGUGAAGCAGUUGUUGAACUAUCAUCCUGAUCUCCUUGAAGAUGGAAAUAUGGUUAGAACGCACACCCCUCUUCAUCUUGCUGCAAGAAACGGCCAUAUAAAUGUGGUGUCAUAUUUCCUUAGUUGUGGAAUGGAUGUCAAUAUAUCGGGUACAUCUGGAACAGCCCUUCAUGAAGCAGCACUGUAUGGCAAAGUGGAUGUGGUUAAUCUUCUUCUACAGUGUGGGAUUGAUGUCACUGUUGUGGAUGGCAACAACAAAACAGUGUUGGACCUUUUAGCAUCACACCCUUCUGGAAGAACAAGGGAGAUAAAAGAACUAAUAUACGCCUCCAGCCUCAAAGAGCCUGUUUCUUAUUUAAGGCGGCAAAACACUGAGUUUAAACCAAGUACAAGAAACUCAGCAAGGACAUCAGACACAUUUCCUGGGUUCCCCGAGCGUCCUAAGUCAAUGGCUGUUUCCAGGAGUUCAACCUAUAAACCUGUUCCACGUCAGACAGGUUUGGAUCCAAAUGCCCUUCGAAGAUCAGGGACUUACGAUGCUGUGCCUACCCAACGAACGAGACAGGAGUCAUUUGAGCAGCCAACUUAUGAUCAGGUACCACCAGCUAAAGCUGCGUCUGCAAGACACACUACUGACUGGACUCAAUAUGAAGAAGUAGGGUCCAGACCUCCAAUCAAUAACAAUUUGACGUUUGCUGGUGAAGGGUACACCCUAUUGGGUUUCCCUGAGCAACCUGCCACAGACGCACCACCCGCGUUAAGUUCCCAGGAGAUCACUGUUGGUUACACUCUUGUGGGACUUCCAGGCAACCUUAGUGCAGUCACUAAUGGUAAAUGCCCACUGCGACCAGGCAGUACCUAUGCCAAAGUGCGGAAAGAAGGUGAGCCCAUUGUCUCGCCUUGGACAGGGCCUCCUUCUCAAAUACCGGCGGGCAUAGCUAGCAUAGACAAUCCUGACUAUUGUUUGGUUGGUGAGACCACCCGUCCACAUUCACAGUCGCAGAACCAAAGUGGAGGCACUUAUGACCUUGUUAAUCUGCCAUCAGGACCGAAACCUGAUGUAAACCAACAUGACAGUGUCUAUGAAGUCCCCCCUGCAACAUUAAGGGGAAAAGGCAAUGGUCAGGAGGAGAAUGGCCCUCCCGUUCAAGUCUCCUCUAGAGUUCCAAGGGGUCAGUCGUUUGAUAUGUACGAAAACACCAGGAUUGGAAAUCAGCCGGUCAAUCAGCCGGUCAAUCACCCAAGACAGGAAGCGACUAAUUACGACUUUGUGUCCCUCCCACCACGAAAAGCUACAAUGGAACAGCCCUCUUACGACAUAGUUCCUCCACUGAGUCGAACAUCUGAGAAUCAGCGAGGUAGCCCGGAGGUGAGCUCCUCUGCUGCAGGUGGUACGACUCUAACAAACCGAUCCUGCCCCUUGGAUGCACCAGGGUACGAGAUUGUACAACCACGAAACCUAAGCUCUUUCGCUGGCGACUCAGCGCCUGAAAUGAAACCCUUUGCUUCUCUGCCUGGGUAUGAACCCAUGCUCCCACCCCAAGAUGAGGGAUACGAAAAGCUGGGCCCUCCAAUUGACAUCCAACAGCAGCUAAGCAGCCGUGGAGACUAUGAAACCCUUGCCAUGGUAGGUCCUCAAAAAACAGGGUCUCAGACAGAACCAGCGCGAGUGACCCAGCAACGGACCAGCGCAGUGAACAUUCCUGGCUCGUCAUCUCUGUAUGAGGUGCCCCCGUCUAUGGUGUCUCCCGUGUAUGAAAUUGCACCAUCUCCACGAAACGUACCUCCGCUUCCCCCUCGACCAGCACAGCCAACCCCUCCGACCCAACCCCCAGUUAACUUUGGAGUUCAGUGGAUCGAGAAGGAACCGGAACAAGCUCAGCCUAAGCUCCCCCCACGGAGAAUGAAUGAAUAUUGCGACUGGCACUCGCUCAAGAAACAAGAUCCCACGUCACCUGAGAGGCCCCCUAAGUCUGGGGCCUACGAAAUAGUGCGCCUUGAGGGCUCAUCAGAGGUAGGAACGGUAGACUUGGACAAAAUGCGGUGGAGAGAAAGUCGUGGUUCUGGGGGAGACUAUUGUACACUGUCACCUUCGGCCGUAGGACCUGGCGAAACUCUAAACAGAGACAGCAUUGCUUCCAGCGAGAUGUCGAAUAUGUCAGAACCUACAAUGACACCGCCAUUUUCUCCUCCGUCGCCAAACACUGCUGAAGCCUCAGUAUUUGAUGUUUUCGGAUCGUUACAAUCCUCAGAUAUGACGACAAUUCCGGAGGCUCCCGAAGUUGUACAAGAUCAACCACGACCCCCCCGACCCAUUCCACGCAAAAGGACCAAACCGAAACUUCUUCCCCGCAACGACAGUUUGCACGAUGAAGAUUACGCAUCUCCACAGGGGGAACCUACGAGAGCUGAAAGCAGUACUGUUUCUUUUGAGAGGAGUCAAGACCCGUUUAGUUUUCCUCCUGCAAUGGCUUCCGCGCAAGAGAUGGACAGCCCGAAAAACAGUGAUUUUGCCGAGCUACAUAAGCGCUUUUCGCCGCAUUCUUCGCGCGAAAAUAUCUUUUCUGAUGUGAACGCUGCACUCGGUGGAGAGCGGCAAGAGCCCGACGGAGCCGAAACUCAAACUGAUGCGAGGCCUUCGCCGUUGGUUUAUGAAAAUGUGUUGUUUAGACGAAGCGAUGAAGUAAACAAGAACUCGCCGGGUGAAACCCGCGAGAAUGGAACUGUUGCGAAGAAAGAUGAUUCUGUUGAGAGGCCUGAUUCAUAUAGGUUAAGCACAUUGUCAGCGGAUAGCCCCAUGGACGAGAGAGAGGAAUGGGAAAAGAUCGAAGCCUUCCUGUCUUCAAUAUCUCAGAUUGAUAUGCCUCAGACUUUAGAGCUACAGAUCGCUGAUGCAGGCAAGGCAGACACUGUAGCGGGCUGGCUGAAGGCACUGGAUCUUGAUCAGUACGAGUCGUGUCUGGUGGCCAAUGGAUUUGACAAUAUCAUGUUCUUGAAUGGGGUUCUUGAAGAUGAUGAUCUUAUGGAUAUAGGAAUUGUGGACUUUAACCACAGAAGAACCAUCAUGGAAGCGGUGAAGACCUUAAAACCCUGUCCCCGGCUCAACGACCCUGCGUCAGCAAAGCCUGAGAGUUUGGAGGACUGGUUAGAGCUUCUGAGUCUCUCUGAGUACUAUGAUGUGUUUCAACACAAUGGUUUUACCUAUAUGGAGAGAAUACACAGGCUAUGGGAAGUGGAGCUAACGUCGGUUCUGGAAAUAAACUCUCUCGGUCAUCGGAAACGAAUCAUGGCUUCAUUAAAAAAGGAAGCGAAGAAAAAAGAAAGAGAAGAACCAUUAGAAAACACAAAGCUUGAAGACAGUAGUGCUGCUCUCGAAGUACAGUUAGCGGAGCUCAAAAUGUACUGCCCAGAUGAGAAACCGCCGACCAUAACAACCGCCGGAGCAACAACCGAAGAUGACCUGCUGGCGGCUGCCGAAGAGUUGAUGACUGGUCCUGAAAAGGCGAAUGAAAGGAAGUCAAAGGAAAAUGGGUCUAUGAAGUGGAAACACGAACCCUCAAUGUUGAUAGAUGGAAGUGUAAAUUAUAGUACUCUGUAUCUCGGGUCGCAUGCAGUUAAAACAAUCACGGGGUUGCAGUCUACCGUUGAAGCCUCCCGUAAAAUGAGACUGUCUACAGCCAAGCUUCAGAAAAUUCCCUCAGUGAUGCUUUCAGUGUCCGUAAAAGGAAUUAAGUUCAUUGAUGCAAGGUCAAAGAUAAUGGUCAGUAAUCACGACAUCAGAAACAUAUCGUACAUCACACAGGAUCCAGAAGACAGAACAGUAUUUGCUUAUAUCGCCAGAGACGCUAAGACAAACAGCCAUUACUGUCACGUGUUCAGAAUGGAUAACAUGACUAUGUCAGAUGAUAUUACUAUGACGAUAGGACAAGCUUUUGAGCUUGCCUUCAGUCGCUUCAAGCAGUCUUAAAAACGCCAACUGGAAUGGUGACAAGAUGGAUGAUCUGCCAAAACAGAUCGUCAAGCCCAGCGGAAUAGAUCCAUUCAUUCGUCUUGCAUCAUUAAAAUUCAAGUAUCGUACGCGGAAGAGAAAAGGGACUUAAUUUUAUGACAGUGUUUAAAAAGGUCAAAAUCGGCUACUUUUACCGAGAAGCUGGUUAUAAUAUACUUCUAGCGUGACAUGGCGUAUUUAGCAUUGCGUGACAAGAUGCCUGAUAGUGCCAUAGUUGAGCGUCACGCAAAUAACAGCUGCAAACAAGGAAAUGUUCGCGUGCCUUAAGGCUGUUUCUUUUGAUGAAGACAAAUUGUUUGCAUGAAAAAGUUCAACGUUCUCUUUCAAAUGACUUAGUAGAAGAGUUGUGCAUGCCACAUGUAUUCGCUUCAAUUGAGUGAUUGUGUUUCUAAGCCGUUUGAUUGGCUGGGACUGGACGAAAUCGUUACAUAGGGGU